AUGCGGAUAUCCGAUUUCCGUAUUGUCGCAGUCAUCAAAGUGCAGGCAGAAGUGCAGUCAGAGUCAAUUCAAUCGGUCGAUAAGGCCCGUUGACUCGCGUUAAAACAAAAGAAAUCUUUCGCCCUCUCGCGACAUCUCGCUGCAUCGACCUUAUCAACUGCCGAGUUUUAUAAGUACCUUGGAGGAAAGGGGAAGCAAUAUCCGUAAACAAAUUAAGAAUGAGGAGUCCCGUGACUCUGAGUAGGAGGAAAAGUCCCCUCGCACUUCAAAUUAUAAAGCCCCAUUGUCGAAAUUCCCCAAGGAACCAUCAGCAGAAGCUGAAAGGAGAGUCGAAAUACCUGAUCAACCGCUUGAAAAUGCUACGAUCAGAGAUGGAAGAAAUAAGCGAGGAGCAGAAAGAGAUCAAAGAAGGGCAAAGACAAGUAAGAGAAAAAUUUGAAGCCGUUGAAAUGGAAUGUGACCAACUCAGAAAGGAGACCAAUCUCAUAAUGCAGCAGAGUUUGAACACCCAAAUCCGCCUUGCAUUCAUGUUCCAAAUCUUGAAAGCACGACAAAACCAAGAGUUUGACAAGGCAGCCAUGCUCACUGUUGCUCUCCGCGAGCUGAUAGCAAGAGAGAAUCAGAAAAAGUAAAUUAUGCACCAAAUAAAUAAACGGUGGUUGAGUAUUCUAAUAAAGACCAAGAUUUCAAUCGUUGCUGUUGCCCUCAAAUGGUCGCGUUUGGUGGUUUUGGUGUGACAGGUGUAUCCGUCUUUCUAUGUUCAGCGCGACAAUCAUCGUCGACUCUACUACAGCAUCUGCGUUUGGUGAUGCAGAUCUGAGUUGUAGGGAUUUGAUGUCGUGUUGAAUGUCCUAUAUAUUUCAAUCUAUUACUUCAGUGUGUUUUGAGUCAUAUAUAUGCAUAAAUUUAUUUAUCCAUUAUUCUAUUGUCUCAUGUUUUGCCAUUUUUCUAACAUUUUCCUAACGGAGGUUGGGAUGUUUCGUAGUGACAUAAUCGAAGAAUAUUGGUCGGCUCAAAGGAUCAUAAGAAAUAGAGAU